AUGCAAAAGUAAAUAGGAAAAUACAUAACAUCAACCUCAGGGUAUUUAGGAAGUGGAUCUUUGGGGAGAGUUGACAAGGCGAAGGACUCUGAGAAAAAUAUUGAUGUGGUUCUUAAGGCAAUUCCUAAGAGUAUUUUAAAGGAUGAUGAGGCUAUUCAGUUGGCGCUGUUGGAUGAAAUAAAAUUAUUCCAGAAAAUAAAGAAUCCAAAAAUAGUGGAAUUGUUAGAUGUGUUUCAACAUGAAGGAACAUAUUAUAUGGUGAUGGAAUACAGUCAGCUCAACUUAUAACAGUAUUUAAAGAAGGACAAGGAGAAGAUGUGCAUGAGUGAGUAAGAAGCUAUCAAGAUGUUAAAUGAUUUGCUAGAAGGGUUCACUGAGUUAAAUAAACAUGGAGUGAUGCAUAGAGGAUUAAAAUUAUCAAACAUUAUGGUAAAUGAAGGAGUCUUCAAAUUAGCAGAUUGCGGGUUAUCUAAAUGUUUGGAAUCGUUUCGAAAAGAACAGCAAUAACUAUCUCAAUAUCAAUAUUUAUCACCAUAAAUUUUAUCAGGUCAAAAAUAUACCAACAAAUGUGACAUUUGGUCAUUGGGUAUCAUAUUGUAUUAAGUACUCUUUGGAUACACUCCUUGGUUUGGUGCAAAAUUGGAUGAAUAUCAACAUCAAUUGUGGCAUACCUUACUCUAAUUCUCAGAAGAUAAAAAACAAAUCAGUAAUGAAAUGAAAUCGUUCAUUGAGGGUUGUUUGGCUAUAGAAGAAGAGGAAAGAUUUGAUUGGGAUGCAGUGUAUAAGCACAAAUUGGUUUGUGAGCAUUUUAAGAAUUACAGAUCCCAAAUCAAGUAGGAUCAAAUUAAAUUUCUAAUGAACGAAGUCAGGUAGAAAAUUAUUAAGUAGAAUAUCGAUGUCAUUAAGCUCUUUAAUGAACUUGAUGUCAAUUCAGAUCAUACUUUAGAAUAUAAAGAAUUAGUUGUACUACUCAGAAAAAUAGACAAAACUUUAUCAAAUACGGAUUGCAAAAUCAUAUUCAAGCAAUUGGAUUUAGAUGGUGAUAAGAAUAUUUCAUUUGAUGAAUUUGCAAAGUGGCUGACUGAUAAUAACACAAAGAUGACUCUAUUAACUAGGAAAUUUCAUCGUCAAUCAACUAUGAAAAAUACUGCAUCGCCUGGAGUCUAACCUUAGAGCACUCCUUAAGGUAUGAAUGCUAAUUAAAAUGUUCACAGUUAAUUAAACAUCCAUACUCCAUAGGGUUACGAUAGUAAAAUUAACAACCCUAUGGUUUCAGAGAUGGAUUUGGAUGCUAACCCUUUUGAAGAUAUUUGCAAACAGCGAUCUCCGGAACAAACCAUAUUAAUGAUAAAGGAUGGACUAAAUUAAUACAGAAUCAAUUUGUUUGAUUUGUUUUGUAGAUUUGAUUAGAACAGAGAUGGAUUCAUUAGUUUCUAAGAGUUCUUUAUGAUGGCCAAGUAGAUUAACUAGCAAUUUACAAAUGAAGAAUUAAGAAUAGCAUUCAAAGUUUUUGAUUUGAAUGAUGAUAAUUUCAUUAAAUUUGAUGAAUUUAAAGAGAUUCUUGCAAUUACAGUUCAAAGACCAAUUAAACCAAAUAUGAGUUUCCCAUAAUUUCCUAUGUAGAAUUCAAGUUAUGCUCCUUUUUUUGGUACUCAAUAUCCACAAUAACCAUAACAACCAUAGUAGCCAUAACAACCAUAGUAGCCAUAAUAAUUUCAACCUUUCUAAAGCAAUAACUAUUAAAAUGCAUAAUAUAAUUAACCACAAUAAGGUGGAUAAUAAUAAUUUCAAUAUUAACAAUAAUAAUAUAACAAUAACAUCCAAUAAUAAAACAAUGAUUUAAACAUAGCAUACUAACUAAUGAAUUAUUGA